GUUGCCAAGUGUAAUGUUCUUUGUGCAGUAGAAGUAGAAUUCUGAUCCAUUAUUACAUCUUCCUUUCCGACUAACAUUCUAUACAACUUGCUUGGCAUUUGAGUCUGAGCUUUCCCUCAGGAACUGAGUCAGUCUCUGUCGGUCCCUGAAGUUCCCAAGCCCAGGCACCUAGCAUCACUUUUUCCCAAUUACUUUUUAAAAGUUCUUCUUACAUUUUCUUUCUUCUGCUCUAUGAGCAGCUCCAGUACACUGUUAAGAAGUGGUAAAAGCAGACCUCUAUCAAAAUGGAAAUGAACGAGAAUGAUAAGUACAGGAGCCCAGAUGGUGAAUCUUUGUGGACUACGGACACAGACGCCAGUUCUGGGAAGAAAUUCACCAUCCCAAAGAUCAGAAGGACGACAGAGAAAGUUUACUUGUCGUCUUGCUACACCAAUACUAGAGAGUAUGGUGUCAUACACGGCACUCUGAGGCAGUGCAGACUCGAUGUAAGCUGUGACCCGCAGCUCACAUGCCAGUUUGGAGACACAAGACUGGUUCGCAAUGAAUAUCUGGAAAAACAGUUUGCUGCUAAGAGGUCAGAGAUGCGUGAGAGUGGAAGAAACAGCAGAGAGCUGGAAGAACAUUUCUGCUUUUUGGCGCUUCCUCAGAGUAGUGUGGUAGACAUUUACCAGAAUGCGCUGAGUGUUGGGACGUCUGCCCUGAGGGUACUCGGGAAUCCUCUUCUUGGAGUAUAUCUGUUUAGACACGUUGACGUUGCCCUGCGUUACACUCUCAGUAGGAGCUCGACUGUAGAAAGUAUUAUGGUUUUUAAGGUUCUGUUUGGGAGAGUAAAGAAAAUUCAGCCUUCUGUGGAUAAAAACAAAGUUUCUCUGGAUCCUUCUCCUAACUUUGAUUGCCAUAUGUCAAGAAAUAUGCCAUCUCUGAAAGAUAGCAUUGAACUGCAGGCCUACAAUUCAAUGGUGUACUUUUAUGAAUAUGAUCUCUUUUCAAGACCAGUAGAUAAACCUAGGCAAUGCCUCCCAUAUGCAAUCGUCACAGUAAAAUGUGUUGGUCAAAAGGCAGGUAACGGACAACUUAUGACAUCGCUGAGAUUCCCCUCAACAGGAUUUCCUAAGAGGCUUGAAAGAGCAUGUUCUCUGAAUAACUGUACAAUUGCCAAAAGAAUUGGAAAAGGGAAAGAUGCUACUGUCAUCUUUGAGCACUUCAGGAAACCUGUCGAUCCAUUUGCUCAGGAAAAUUGUCCAUGUAAAGCACUAAAUUCAGAGAUGGGUCCUCCCAGCUCAGACACUCCUAAUUCCUACGGAAAUGCACAAAAUGGAAACAGUUUUUGGCUUGAACCAUACAACAGAGAGAGAGAAAAUUCAUCACAACUUAGAGAUGGUUCUCAAGUGUACACACACAAUUCAGGUUUUUCUUUCAUACCCACUGAUAACACAGCCAGUGGUAAUGAUGACCUGUUCAGUGUGACGUAUCUUAGAAGUAUUUUAAGUAGUAUUUCUGCUACUUUUCCCUCUCACAACAACACUGUUUCAAGUACAGUUAUUACUUCAAAACUCAUUAAGGACCCAAGACUGAUGAAGAGAGAACAGAGCAUGAAAAACCAAAAUAAUACUACAGGUUUGAGUGAUGUUUUGCCAUUUGAUAAGAGUUUGGGUCCUGGUGAUUCACAAAUGCUGACAUGUGUGCCAGCUAGUUCAGUCUCUUCAUGCGAAGUCCAAGCUGAUCACACCAUUACUAAUUGCUUGGAUGCCUCCUGCUUCAAAUUCUCUUCUGAGAGGUCACACUGUCAGACUCACAGUAUCGGCUCACAGGCCUAUGACUGUAUAGCAUCCAAGAGAACUGCCAUCACAGAACAGUUUAAAGAACAGCACAGUUCUUCCUUCCCCGGUUCCUUAUCAAAUGCAUUGUCAGAUGUUGGGAAACAAGAACACAGUGAGGAACAGGCCCAAAGGACUCAGAUGAGAAGCAACAUCCCAGUUUUAACAGCUCUGAGCAAUGAGCCACAGAACUCCUAUGAAUCAGAAAAAUCAGAACUUACUUGUAGUAAGGACUCUCGGGGUCAUUUCUCUCAAGAGUCUUCUAAUACAGACACUAUAUAUAAGGUUGAUCACCAGAUGUCGACAGUCUUUCCAGUCCAGAAGGAAGGAAACCUUUGUGAAUACGUGCAAGAGAGGCGAGUGAUGAGAACCUUCAUCAGCCCAGAAGACGGCUCUAAAGAUGGAGUAGAGCAAACUUGGAGCAAAGAAACUGUUUUUACUAAUGAAGCUAUUAGUGGCACAAUUGAUAAUUCCAAGACAUUGUACCAGGAACACAAAGAAGGUGGAAAUCUUAAUUCUCUAAGUGGAAAUUGUGAAAAGAUAGCAGUUACUUAUAAGUUACAAAUGCCCAAACUUCCCAUGUCUUCCACAGGGGAUAACAGUGAACUAGAUCGUGCAGCAUCAGAAUUAGAGCAUUCCCUUAUUCCAAAUGUAGAGUGUCCUUCACAGAAGUGCGCUCAACACUCUUUGGAGCAUGAAGACAAUACAAAGUUUGCCAUGGCUCAAGGGCUAAUAGAAUUGAAAACACAGAACUUUGGUAACAUUUUGUCUGAUGAAUUCCAGGAAGCAAAAGCUGUUCCCCUGGCCAGAGAAAAGCUCAUGGAUAGAGGUAGUCCAUCUUCUGCCAUUGACAUUUCUCUUGACAGUUCAGUUCGAAACAUGCUGGGAGAAUACAGGUGCAUCCAGAGGGGAAAUGAAAAUGUGACAGUGUCACCGUUUAACUGUCACAAAGCAGCAGCUCCUCACGUUAACGAUAAUGUGCAGGAUCACAGCCUGUCCUAUGAUGCAGAAUUGAGCUGCGAUCUAAACUUGAAAAUCAAUUUGCAAGAACAAAGAGAUGAUGAAAAUCCUCGUGAGGCUAAAGAGAAAGAGGAUGCUGCUUUGUCUCCAGAACACAGUACAGAUAGCAUGAAUGGAAGCGAGAAGCCAGAUUUCCAUGCAAAUGGCCUUUUCACCAGUAUAGUUGAAAUGAGGGGAAUUAGGAGUAAUACAAAAAUAGAAAUUGUGAAUUCUGAAGACUGUUUCACAUUACACUCAUUUUGGGGAAAGAAAGGUAAAGCAGCAGAAACCGCGUCAUCAGGGAGUGAAGGAGUGGGGAAAAGGCAUGCGCCAGGAGAUGAGAGACACCGAGAGCACUUGGUGUCCGCCCUUCCAAGCACUGGAGGCUCUUCAGUCUGUGUAGCCUCAAAUGCUACAAAACAAGUAGUUGGCACUACUGUCCUUACAGUAAGCACAAAUCAUGGGCAUCAUCAAAAAGACCAGUUAAAAGAUACGUGUUCCUCUGAGACUUCAGAUUUGGGUUUGGUAAAACAUAGCAUUUCUGAAUGUGAAAUUGAUGCUGAUAAAGAUAAAUUACAAGACUUUGAUCAGUUGAUGAAUGAGAAUUCAGCUCUUAAAGAUUAUGGAUUGGGAAGUGAAAUUGAGAUAGAUCUUGAAGAACAUGAUAAUGCUUCUUUAUUUCAACAAAAUAUGCAUAGCCAUGAAAAUGAUCUUUGUGAAGAAUGUGACUUUUAUGAGUCUCUGAAGUCUCGGAUUGAUUGGCAAGGCCUAUUUGGAAAGAGUUAUGAGGAGAUGGAAACCUCAAGUUCUGCAAGAAGGGAGGAGGGUGCUGGUCAGCUUUGUUCUACAGAAUGUAACUAUGUUUCUUUCUAUUCACAAAAAGACAAAAAAGGGCUCCACAACCCAAUUUUUCUUCCAAAUCUACAAGUUACAAUUACAAACUUACGUAGUCUGAGAAUCAGUCCCACUGAUGAAUCUUUAGAGCCCAAAGAUAAUUUUUACAGACAUAUAACUGAAUCUACAGAACCAGAAACAAAUAAGGAAGGGAAUGCUUCUGGAUUUAGCAUCUGUUCCCAACCUUCUGGAGAAAACUCAAGUUUUUCAUGUGAAAAUAAGUUCAGUAAUUCAGUGCAAGAAUCCGGAAAUACGAGCAAAUCUGGAAUUACCCAUUCUUCCAACUCAAGUCAUAAUACACCUGUGGAUCAAGGAUCUGGAAAACCAAACAGUGACUCUUUGUCUAUUGAUCCUUCUAAUAUCACAGUAAUGAAUGAUAAGAGUAAAUAUCCCACAAAAUCAAAACCUGACUUCAGUGAUGCUAGAAAUAAAAAGGACAUGAAAUCAAGAAGUAGCAGAAGAAACAUGCAUGCAUCUUCCAGGGGCCAGAACAUAGCUCAUAAAGACCUAAGGGACCGUGAAACUCACGAGAGGAGGAGGAAGCCAACAAGUCAUGACUCAUCUGACCGAUUUUCUUCCUUAUCCCAAGGACGAAUUAAAACAUUUUCACAGUCAGAGAGGCAUAUUAGGAAUGUACUGAAUAUUCUAAACAGUGAAGCAUCUUUAUGUAAAAGCAAACAUCUGUCCAGAAAACUGAACAAAGCUGUUCUUCACUUAAAAAAGGCACAUAGAAGAGUUCAUACGUCUUUGCAGCUUAUAUCUAAAGUGGGACAAAAGAGGAAGGGCCCAUUACCGAAAGCAUAUGCAAUAAUACGCAAUAAUUUCUGGGAAAGUUGUGAUCUUCAAGGUGAUAGUCUGAUGUCUGAAAGAAGAUAUUCUAAGCAUGUUUUGUCCAAAAGAAAAUAUGACAAACAGGGAGAGAAAAAAUUUUUAAGAUUUGACAUUGAGGAGUCAUUGACCCCGGUAUCAAAGCACAGAUCAUAUCGAACAAGCAGAGAGAGGGUUGCAGAGUGCCUUUCUAGUGAAAUCAUGUCUGGGCAUGCUUCCAGUAGUCUUACUGCGUUCCACGUGAGAGAAUUUUGUGAUGAAGAACAACUUCCAGAAUCACAGUUACCUCUAGCUUACACAUCCCAGAGUAUAAGUCAGUCAGAACACACUAAUAGCAUUUUGGGAAAUGCAGGCUCUUCCGAACUUGAGCAUUUUUCUAAAACAAGUGGGAAUAUUCUUGACCCAGAAGAAACACUAACUGAAAAAGACUAUCAGACAGAUACACAGUUAUGUAAUAGUGACUCUGCAAAACUUGAAAACCAUUCAACUCAUAGUAUUAGGAAUAUAGCAAAAGAAUAUAAUUCUGAAGGUAAAACAGGUGUAUGUGAAAGCAAUUCAGUGUCUUUAAGUUUCAUAAAGGAAAAGACAAGUCAUAGUCCAGAUAACAGUCGGGGUGCAACUUGUAAAGCUAACUCUGACACGCAUCUUUCAGUUUUAGACGCAAACAAAAACCACAUUUUAAGUGUUGAUAUUUAUGAACAAGAUAACCGUGUGUAUGAUGGUGCCAAAAAUGGAGAAGCAAUUUUUCCUACAGAAAAGUGUUCAGUUCCUAUGGAGACCACAUCAAGCAUUCCUACAGAAAGUCUAGCAAGCAGGAGCUACGCUGUUCCUCCAGUUCCUUCAGUUCUCACAACAGCUGGAGAGGAAGAGUCUUCUGUAGGGGAGAAUGAGCUCUUUGACAUAGACAAGAGUGAGAUUAUUAUUACUAAGCGUUCCAAACUGGAUCUGACAUCAGUGACUGAAGGAAGUGAUAACUAUAAGAAAAACAUGAAUGCACUGUCUUCCAGUGAUAACGUUGUACUCCUAAAACAGAAUGUAAUAGGUCCUUCAAAAGGAUAUAUGGCAAAAUACAUUGAGGAAGAAAAAAUUAGGAAAAUUGAGCAAGCAGUUUACAAAAAAAUUAUUACUGAAGGAUCAGCUAUUAGUUUUAAGUACAAAAGUCAAAAUAAGCUCUUAAAAGAAGAGUCAUUUCCUGUUAACAAGAAAAUGAUGACGAACAACUUGACUGAUUCUCAUCUAAGCACGAAGAAUCCCACUGUGGGUACAGUUGCUUCGCAAACCAUUCCUAAUCAGCGGAAAGAAAGGAUGGAGGCAGGGCAAAUCAAAGUUAGUGACAGCUCUCGUUCUGACUGCCUCUCGCAGCCAGCCAUGGGAGAAAGUAGUCAUAGGCCUGCCCUCUGUGAGAACUCUAAAGCCGCUGCUCUCAAGAAGGAAUUAGAACACCGCUCAGCUAAUUACACAUCUCACGUAACAGAACUGCCUCAAAUUUUACAGAGAGCAGAUGAAGCAGCGUCUUUGCAGAUUUUAGAAGAGGAGACUAAGCUUUGUCAAAAUAUUCUCCCUUUAUUUGUCAAAGCUUUUGAAAGACAGCAAGAAUGCUCAGUUGACCAAAUCCUGAUUUCAAGAAAGCUGUUGGUAGAACAAAACUUGUGGAAUAAUUGUAGACUUAAAUUGAAGCCAUGUGCUGUUGAUGCUUGGGUAGAACUUCAAAUGGCAAUGGAAACCAUUCAGUUCAUUGAGAACAAGAAGAGAUUCUUAGAAGGUAAGCCAACGUUCCGAAGCUUGCUUUGGUACGAUGAGAGCUUGUACAGUGAACUGCUUCACAGACCGCGUGGAUAUCAACUGCAGUCCAACUUCUAUCCGGGUUUUCAAGGACGGCUAAAAUACAAUGCAUUCUGUGAGUUGCAGAAUUAUCAUAAUCAAUUAGUUGAAUUCUUAACAGAAACAAAAAAAGAAAAUAAUUCAUACUAUGCGUUCUUAAAAUACAAACGCCAAAUUAAUGAAUGCGAAGCCAUAAUGAAGCACUACUCCGAUUGCUUUGACUUUUGUCUUUCUGUCCCGUUUGCCUGCGGAGUGAACUUUGGAGAUAGUUUAGGGGACCUGGAAACCUUAAGGAAAAGCACCCUGAAGCUGAUCAGUGUACAUGGGGGCUCCCCUAAAGUCCACUCCUAUCCUGGGAAGAACGACCACUUGUGGAUCAUUAUAGAAAUAGUCUCCUCAAAGGUUAGUUUUAUCAAAAGCAAUGAAGAAAUAAAUAUCAAGAUCUGUCUUUACGGUCUGGAGCAUAUAUAUUUCGAUGCUGCAAAGAGUCUUGUGUGGAAAGAAAAAAGCUGCUCUUUACUCAAAGCGCAUUCAGAAAAGACUAGAGAAGCGGAGGAAAUAAAUGAGUGCGCUUUUUCUAAGUUGAAGAAGAUCUAUGGUGUCUUGUCUAAAGGUUUAAACAGUGAGCCCACUGGCAUUGGGCUCGAAGAAGAUGCUAUGAUUGCCUCCACGCAGUCAGCUCUAGGUAGCAUACCAAACUGUAGGCUGAACAAAGCUUGGCUUUCAUACCCAGAUAUUUCUUGUGUUGGUGACAUACUGGAUCAAGCUAAAUCUGCAGACCUAGAGAAGUUACAGGACCUCACUCUCAGAUGUUCUGAUCACUUAGAAAUCUUAAAAAAAUACUUUCAGAUGCUGCAAGAAGAUAACAUAGAUAAUAUUUUUAUCAUGGAAGAAAAUGUUUCGGAUAUGCUAAACAACCACAGCCCUGAAGCUGUCAUUCUAAAGCCUGAAGCUAUUGAGAUUUAUAUUGAAAUUGUCAUGGUCUCAGAAACAAUUCACUACCUUAAAAAUUCAAUAGCAAAGAAACUACACAACCAGAGGUUUCGAGGUAUGCUCUGGUUUGAUUGGUCUCUUCUUCCUGAGCUUAUUGGCGGCCAAAAAGAAGUGGCCUCCUUUUCAGUUGGUGACAACCAAACACAUGGCCUUUGGAAACUGAUAGAGACUGCUAUUUCUGUCCUUAAGAAAGAGCUGGCUAUCAUCUAUGAAUAUGGGGAAGCUUCUAACUGUUCCUAUGCUCUACAUUUAUUCUACAGAGAACUUAAGGAACUCACAGGCGUCAAAAGGCUUCUGAGUAACGCUAAGUAUUCAGUGUCCACAUAUAUCGACUUGGUGCCACACACAGCAUCUGUAAAUUUCGGAAACACUGCGGCAGAAUUAGAACAAAACUACAAGCAGUUUUUUCUGUUACUCAAAAAUGUAAUGUCUGUCCCUCAGAAAGAUUUUGGAAAAAUGGUUCAUAUUAUGAAAGUUAUGAAGACAAUUGAACAUAUGAAGGUGCUAAAUGCUAAGGAUACUAAAUUGUCCACUCGUCUUCUCUUUCUCCAAAUGCUGCGCAACAGAAGGAAUGCUUUGCAACAGAACGGGAAGGGAAGGAAGGAGACCUCCGUUACAGAGCCUGAGGAGGACAGCAGUCAGCCUGCGGCUUCUGAGCAGACAGCUCCAGCUGCAGAGCGCACAAUGAAGAGCAUUUCAGCUUCCUCUAAGAAACGACCUGUGACUUCGGACACAUGCGAAGUCUCUCAGGAAGAAGGAGACACGGACGCUGUUUCCAGUUGGAAAAAGCAAAAGGUUACCGUGAAAGACGAUGGAAACAGCCAGACAAUAUCCAAACAUCCAAGCACUGCAGGAGCUCCUCCCGACAAUGAAGACAGAACAGGAUCAGAUUCCUCUGACACUUUGACAGGCUUCUCUGCAUCUCCAGAAGUGGUCAAAAGACGAAACUCAGUGUCACCUGCUGAAAGUGUGCAAGACACUUGCACACCAAAGUCAGCAAGCGACGUAGAGCCAACGGACAGCUCACCUGAUGCUUCAGCGUCUCUCACUGCACAGCAGGAAGACUCGGAUGGCAUAAAGGAAGGAAAUGUGGGUUUUAGUGCCGCUGAAACAAAUAAUAAGGAAGACUGUCCUUUAGUAACUUGUGACCAAAAGGACAUACAUAGCUCUUCCUCACCUGACCACACACCUGCACAGAAGUCCCAUAACACCGCUGUGGAUCACACACAGAUCGCGCCUUCAAACCUAACAGCAGGAAAUGAUGACCCUCUUGUGCCUGAUGCAUCCCUGCUUUCAGUGUCUGCUCCUCAGGCUGUGAAGGACAUUCAUAGCAGUCCAGAAAUGAGUGACACAGACUCUCAACGUGAAAAUAGUGAAAUAGUAGAUUUGUCUACUGAAGAUCGCACAUGCACCAGCUCUCCAGAACUUGUGUGUAUCCAGGACAAAACGCCUGACCUGCAAGUAGAUAAAACACAGCCUAUAAAAAGUGAGUCACCAGAAAAGUGUGCGAUGGAUGCACCAAAUCCCAGUGCUGCGCCAUUUGGCUCAUACGGGAGCUCAGCCAUCAAUGUGAAUGGAACAGUGCAACACACUCACUCUGAAUGGAAUCCAAAAGUCCUGACUCAGAAAUUUGGCACAUCCAGGAAUAGACCUCCACAGCCUGCGUCUCCUACAGUAUAUAAUUCUUCUGAGCAUUCGUUUGGAGCUUCCUAUCCAUCCUACUCUUGGUGUUUCUAUCAGUACAGCAGCAGCAAUGGCACUGCUGUCACCCACACAUACCAAGGGGUGACAGCCUAUGAGAUGCAGCCACCUCCUCCGAUGCUGACUCCAGGUGCAAGUACUGUCCAGGGCACACAUGUCAAUCAUUCGUACUCGGAACAUUUUAGUUACGCCUCUGGACAGCCUCAAGCAAAUUCCUUCAUCCCAGGAAAUGGGUAUUAUCCAUCUCAGGCACCUGUUUCUUACAAUUAUCAGCAACCAGUUUAUUCACAGUUUGCCUCUCAUCAGCCAGUCCCACAGGCCGCGUAUCCUUACCCUCCUAACCCAGGUGCGCCUCCACCUUGGACCUACGCUCCAUGGCAACAGGAUCCAUUCCCACGAAGGCAUUAAAAAUAAAUCUCUUCACACUGAAAUAAAUGCAACUUACGUUUUCUCAA